AUGGGAGAUGCGAACGAUUUGUUUGGAGGUCUCAGCGAAAGCAGUGGGAGCAGUGACGAGGAGGACGCUAUCACUGAUAUUGUUCCUCCAAAGAACCAGGACGUGCUUGCUGAUUUAGCUCUGAGUGAUGAAGACGACGAUCUAGACGAUUUGAUUGAAAAAUCACCAUCGCCAUCAAAAAGUGGACCGUCAUCAGUUGAAUUACAACCACCACAACCGCUACCAACAAGGCCUCCAGUGGUUUUUUCACUUUCCGACGACGAAGACUCAAUGGACAUGCCGGAUAUUCAGCAAAUGCAACGGAAUGCAGCUGCAGCAGCCGCCGCCGCUGCUGCCGAAGCUGCAGAAAAAGCUGCUGCAGUUGCAGAAGCUGCUGCAAAAGAGAAAGCUGCCGAGGAAGCGAGAUUGGCUGAAAUUAAGGCAGAACAAGAGAAAGCGGCUGAAAAACGGAGACGAUUGGAAUACAUUGUCAAGGUGGAGUUACCAAUGAAACAACCAAGACUGGACGAGGGACCGUCGAGUUCCAGACCAGGACCUAGUCAUAGCCGCAUCCGUGAUGACAGCCUUUCGCUGGAAGGUUUCGAGUUCAGCAAAGCCAACGAAGCAAAAUUCCAAGCUCUGAUCCAACGCCAUCAAACGGAAGCCGACGGCGGUCCACCACCACCCCGUCCACGUGUUCCUCAACUUCCACCAGUGCCAGAAGACGAAAAUGAGAUUGCACGUUUGAAGUCACAAAUUCUUCUGUCCAACUUCUCACAAGAGCAACUGGAGCGCUAUGAAUCAUAUAGAAGAUCUUCUUUCCAAAAGUCCACCAUUCGUCGUCUGAUUAAUCAAUUCACCGGUGGAGCCAACGUCAACCAGAGUGUCGUCAUCGCCAUCGCCGGAUUGGCUAAAGUUUUCGUUGGAGAAGUUGUCGAGGAAGCACUGGACAUUCGUGAUUUGGAUGAGGAGGCUGCCAGGAAUCCACUUCAACCAGAACAUGUUCGUCAGGCUUUCCUCAAACUCGGUGAGCAAGGGAAGCUCUAUCCACCAAUUGGCCCAAGAUCCGAUGGACUAUGA